CAGUGUGCACGUGCACAGCCUGCUUGAGAGCUGCUCUCACUCUCCUCUUCCCAUCUCUCUGAAUCUACAGACGAAGAAUUGAAGAACCCUAAUUUCCCCAACUUGAGUACCAAUUUCACUUCAUUCAAAGCUUAUAACGGAGACAAAUAGGGUAGUUAAAGUAUUGAAUGGGUGCUGUGGCAGGCCAAUGCCUGCCAUCUCUUGGUCGCGUCAAACUUACGGAUCUCAUAGCCUCGGAAGGUCUUCCUUCUGAUACAUACAAAAUUUCGGUUUCGACAUUGUCCCAGUCUUUAACUCAGUUUUCUGCAGUAAUACUUCAACUCCCAGCUAGUGAUGGAGCCCUUCUAAGAUCUGGUUUGGAAUCUGCUCACUUGUACUUCCAUCAAAAAGCUUCGUAUCCCAAUGCACAUAUGGUACAUAACCAUGACUCCCGAGACUGGUGCAGGACAUCUGGUUACUAUGCAGAACCUCAGCUGUGCCAAGAAACAUAUGAUUUCAGACCAGGUCUCACACCAACAGAGCCUAACAACAACACAAUGGAAUACCCUCCGGCUGGUUUGCCAGAUAUGUUUCCAUUGCUUGCAAGAGUUGCUAGAGAUGUUUUGGAUGCCAUUACCUUUUCAUUGAACUUGCGUAGCUCUGCAUUCAACGGCAUACUCGAUAAUGUUCCACUGAGAAAUAGGGAAAUUUCAUCAUCGGUGUUAUCUGUUUGCUGUCACUCAAGCAGGCAAGCAUUUCAAGGACAACAACAUGGUUUGACAACUCAAGAUGAUGGUCAGUUGGUAAUGUUUUCUGAUCAUGAGCAUCAGGUCGAUAAAGGUUUAAUAACUCUUGUUAAGUCAGAUAAACCAGGUUUACAUAUAAGGGACUUUCAUGGCAAUUGGAUGCUUGUGGACGCAGAUCUUGGUCCUCAUGAAGCCAUAGUCUACCCUGGACUCGCGCUGUACUAUGCCACUGCCGGGUAUGUCACUCCUGCGACCCACCGAAUAGAUACAGGUAGCCUGCAUGGCUAUGGACGCUGUUCUCUAGCUUUCAAGCUCAUGCCUAAAUCCAUGGCAAGUCUAAGUGGUUCGGAGAUGAGUGCAGCAGGUCACGGAAUUGAAGCUCAGUUUCAGCUUCCAAUACUUGUGGAUGACUUCAUGCAGAGAACGCACCCAGUUGACCAACUUCAUAACAGGCAAAGCUUCCAAAAUUACAAUUUUCCAGCUGCUCAAGAUGGAUCUCUGAAGUCGUUGGUGAAGAGGAGGAAGCCAAAUACAAGGUGUAAACCACUGCCACCGUCAAAGAGGUUGCGUCUUGAAGCUCAAAGAGUCCUCAAAGAACGAGUUCAGGAAAUAGCAGACAAGAAGGGCAUUAAGCUGAGGUUUUGCAGCUUGAAGGACUGCGAAAGUCACAUACAGAGCCUAGAUAGCCCUUGUGGAAGCAUAAGGAUGGAGAUCGGAUGGCCGCCUGGUGUUCCAUUUGUUCAUCCCCACGAUUUACCAAAUAAGGCAAAGCUUGGUUUCCUUGAAGCGUAUGAACCUGGUUGGACGGCUUCCCAGGAUGUAGAGUCGAGUCUAAUCGAAACCGGACAGGCCAGUCAAUACCCAUCUAAUUGAAUAUAUUGGAUCACCUCGACUUUUGUUAUUUUGGAUCAGCCAGAGUACUUGACAUUUAACUUAUAGUGGUGGGAUUGUAAAUAGAAGCCGCAUUCACAGAGUAAUAAACUGGAGUUCUUCCAUUACCAUGAUUGUAUACGGUAUGUCUCAGAUGUUUGUUUCAUUAUCCUUUGAAGAAAAGCAAUGUUAUAUUUUUAGGAUAGAUCUUACAGAAAGAACUUGAAAGAAUGAUAUAUAUCAUCUUCCUUUUACCAGUUCUUUCUGUUCUUCUACCUGUAUCACUUUACGUAAAUAUCUAUGUCCGUGUACCAUGUCAAACAAUGCAAGAUGUGCACAGAACAAACAAAAAAUGUUACGCCCUUGUUUGGGCAUACUUCACUCUCUAGGUUGUUGUUGUCACUUGUCAGGAUUAAUUAAUAUUUACAGGUUUAGUUUAUAGAUUUAAUACAUAUUAGGCUACAAAACUUGAUUCCUUAUUAA